AUGUCGUCCCAUGGCGGACAACACCAGAACUUCCCGUUCGGCUGUACGGCCUACACCUCUCCUAUCUCUCCCUACCCUUACUUCUUUCCUUAUGGAGAUGCAUUUACUUACGUCUAUUCGCCAGACCAACCUGAAAACCUUCAUGGCAUUGGUUUACCGGAGUUUAUGACGCCGGGUCCCCCUCCGGGCCAGCCUUUGCUUAAUGCGCAUGAGAAUCAAGACCUGGACAACUUCUUUCAGGGCUUUGAUCAAAAUGCCGCGGCCAAUAAAGCACUGACGCAUCCUCAGUUCCAUCCCCGCACCGACCAUGACCAGCUCUUUGAUAUGCCCCCAAUGUUCGUGGGUUCUGAUACUGCGCUGGCGCAGCGGUCCAUCCUCGACCAGCAUCAGCUAACAGGAGCUGGAUUCCCCUAUGGCGAUGGCUUUCUGGGACAUGACAUGAACACGGUCUCACAGGCGACUCCACUGGUCAGCGGAAUGCAUGGGGUCUCGUACGCUGACGCAAAUUUCCCAAAUCCUCUCAUUGCUCAACUGCAAUCCGCCAACUCGAUGCAACCGGCCUAUACUCAAGGUUGGCAACAACCCUAUCCGCCCCAGACUGCAAUCAGAAUGCCUCCAACAGGUCGCCUGGGGGUGGACUUUGGCACGGAUUCUCGGUUUCAACCGACUGGCUAUGCAGCUCCUCACAAUCCCCUGGAUCCUGACCUGCCUCAGGGACUACAGAUAACGAACCCUCUCAGCGAAUGGUUGGAACCGGCAAGUGGAAGCACAACUCAACCGAACACGCAGCCAAAUACCCAGCCGUCAAGUCCCACGUGGUCAAAAAAGAGAAACUUUGAUGAUUUCGCGAGAGAUCAACUGCCUCGCAAUGGGGUGAUGGCCUCGGCCCGGCAAGCGGACAUGGCUCAACCGUCUCCAUCUCAGCCCAACCCUCGCAGGAAGCGCUCUGUUGUCAAACCCGAAAAAGCGAUAUCAGCAUCUCAGCCGCCAACACCGCGGUCCAACAGCAAAUCGCACACUCCACUCAUCCCUGACAACCCGGCGAUAGGCGAGCAAGGGCUAGAUUCCGAGGAAGAAGUGGAAAGAGAGGAUGAGGAUGACGCCACACAACAACCCAAGUCACCCUCUCCGGCACCCUGGCCGUCCUCGAAAGCUCGCCCUCCUCGAAAUACAAAGGGUCCCUCACCCAAAAAUCCUCGUAAAAACAAGGCCCAUACAACCCCAUCUGCAGCCGCCAAAGCCAGAUCAAAGAUGAUCUAUCGUCCUGGUACUGCCAACCCCCGCGUCCCUUUAAGCGUCGAGCAGAAGAAAGCCAAUCACACUAACUCAGAGCAACGACGUCGGGAUGCAACAGCCCGUGCAUACGCUGAACUGUACGACUUGGUGCCAGAACUUGAAGAAAUGGGCAAGCAGAGUACCAUGAAAAAGCUCGAGGUUGUCGUAGCCAAAGUCCAGCGUGUGAAACAAAAGGUUGAGGAGUUAAGAGCAAAGGUCGGAACCGGUGGUCCAAGUGGAGGACAAGGAGUGCUCUUGUACAGUGACGUUCCCGGCUGGCGCCAAUGA